AUUAAGAAUGAACCACCACUCUCAAUGUAAGCCUAAACCUUGUUCUUAUAAAUCUUAUCCAUAGCUUUGAGUUCAUUUUCUUAUAACUCAUGUUCCUCCUUGGGAUUUCCAUGUUUCACCCAUUUCUUUCUUCAUUAGCAACUAAACAUGGCCAGUUCGCGUCUCCCGAGGUUGUUUAUGGAGGUUGCUCCACCACAGUUUGUUACUGUCAUGAGGCACAGAACGAGAAAGAUGUUGGAUACCAUCAAUGAAGAGGAUAGAGAUGGUAGCAACGAUGAUAAUUCUCUUUCUCCGACGUCGAAGAGCUCACCAACUGCAAUCCCUGUGAGUGCCACCAUGGUAGCUGCUGCUGCUGCUGCUUCAUCUUCUUCGGCCACUACUGUGAUGCCAAGCUCCAAGUAUUUUGUCAAAGGAGCGUCGAGUUUUUCAAUUUUCAAAGACUAGAAAUGAUUUCAAAGAUGUAUAUUCUAACAGAGUCCGGAGGGAUUGGCCGGAUGACCAACACUUUUCAGAGACUUCUUCUACGUCUGUAUCUGUACUAUAGCCCAAUUGCAUGAUGGGUUGAGUAAGAUUGUUGCACUUGAUGUUGUAAACAACUUUCAUGAAUAAAAAACAUAAGUUGAUAGAUUA